UUGACAGUUGAGAGUUUACUGAGCGGGAGCACUCUCUGCUGCGUAAAAGCGCGUCUCUCCGCUCUGCCCGUUCCUUCCCACCGUCCUCCGUGCGCCGUCCUGUGCGUGUCCCCUCCCUCCUCGGGACCAGACAAACUUUCUGGCGUUCUGCAAACUGGAUUCCCGGAGCUCCUCGCCAUGCUUGCCCGGGUUUAGAUUCUCCAUGGAGCUUUCAAACCUGUACGAGGUCGCGCCCCGACCCCCGAUGAGCAGCCUGAACCACGGUCAGCAGCCCCACAACGGCUACAGAGACCCGGCAGAUCUCGGCGGUGACAUCGGUGACAGCGAGACGUCCAUCGACCUGAGCGCCUACAUCGACCCGUCGGCUUUCAACGACGACUUCUUGGCCGACCUGUUCCACCACAGCUCCCGGCAGGACAAGCUCAAGAUAAUGAACGGGGAGUACGACUCGGUGCCGUGCGUCCCGGGCCCCCAGCAGCUCUACGUGUCCAACUACAUGGACUCGAAGCUGGAGCCGCUCUACGAGCACAACCCGCAGCGCAUCCGACCCGUGGCCAUCAAGCAGGAGCCCCGCGACGACGAGGACCUGAAUUCGGGCGUGCCGCCCACCUACCACCACCCACACCCGCAUUCCCAGCAGUACUCUCAGCAUUCCCAGCAGCCGCAGCAGCAGAUGCCGCACCUCCAGUACCAGAUUGCGCAUUGCGCGCAGACCACCAUGCACCUCCAACCGGGACACCCCACUCCUCCGCCGACCCCGGUGCCCAGCCCGCAUCAGCACCAGCACUCGCAGCAGGGCGGCCCGAAGCUGCUGGACCACCAGCGGGGAGGCGGGAAGUCCAAGAAGUACGUCGACAAGAGCAGCCCCGAGUACCGGCUGAGGCGCGAGCGCAACAACGUGGCCGUGCGUAAGAGCAGGGACAAGGCCAAGAUGCGCAACAUGGAGACCCAGCACAAGGUGGUUGAGCUGACGGCCGACAACGACAGACUGAGGCGGAGGGUGGAGCACCUGACCCGGGAGCUGGACACGUUACGGGGCAUCUUCAGACAGCUGCCCGACGGCUCCUUCAAACCCAUGGGCAGCUGAGAGACUACUGAACUGGACCGGAACCAGCCCGGAGGUGGACUGGUGAACUGCUGGAUUAAUACACACAAAUGGUUCUACGUGUCGUCAUGUGUAGGGACGGACUGAGGAGACUGAGCCAGUUGAUGCUGUUCACUGCUACAAUAUCUGUCUGAGCAUCGCGUUGUGUCACUGAGGCUUAAAAGUCUCCUCAGUCUCAGCGCAGGUGAAACGCGGAGCCAGGAAGCUCACAAAAAGGACCCAAACGGACCGAGCCCAGCUGAAACCACCUGAUGACUUUUACUGACUCAGUCAAACGCCAUGGAUGCUCAGACUGUAUUUUGUGCCUUUAUCAGCUGGUUGAAGACUGGUUGUUUGUGCCUUGUUCUCUAGACAGACUGUGCCAUGACGCACUCAUCUCACAUAUCAGAGCAGCUAAGGUAGGACACGGUGCUGAUCCCAGACCAGCCUGCUGUGCGCCUUUGUCUAAUUAUUGUUUGUUUUAUACUAGUUACCAUCUUCGUCAUCAUAUCCUGUCCUGAUGCGUUCAAGUGUUUAUAGAUGUGUGAAAGGCAACGUGCAACUGCUUGUGUAUAAGCUCAGCUUCAUGUGCACGACGUGUAUUUUCUUCCUGCAGAAACAAGUAAUGAACCAUUUCUGCUCGUUUUCACUUGUGUUCCUUCGCAUUAACGAAGUGCAAGAGCUGAGAGACGGUACAGGAAAAGCUGUUGCCAGGUUUUACUGAACACUGGGGGUUGUUUUCAGCAUUGUACACAAAUCAUCUCAAAUAUCUGUCUUCCCGCUCAAAGUCAAGACGCCGUUUCUCUCUUAGUUCCCUGUUUCAUGCCAAAGCGACCAAUACACAGUACAGUAACUAAGACUAAAAUCAAACCUGUGGUACCUGCUCCUUCAGCUCACCGUCCAGAACCUCCAAACCUGCUACAACGACCUGCUGCAGGUCUGGACGUGUCUGGUCCAAGAGGAGGUGACAGUGGGAGCUGAUUUCUCAUGUGCACUAUUCGCCCUGGAACGAAGCACGGUGUCGUCUGACACACAUGCAGGUACUGAGACAAACAGACUCGUAUUUAUGUGCUGUUUUUCGGAGAAAGACAAACUAAAUGUGAAAAGGGUUUCUAUGCAAAGUGUCCUCUUCCUUUAUUCUACUGCCAGAUCGUCACAGACUCACACUCAGUGCCUUCUGAGCCUCUGACAUGACCUUUGACCUCUGGCUCAUCAAAGAUUUGUAAAGAUGAUCUUGGUUUGUUGAAACUGAUGUUUGUCAAUGUCUCAAUUGUAAAAUAAGCCUCUUCACAAAUAUAUAAAUAUAAAAAAAUCUGAAUUACUAUAAUAAAAGAGUUUGUUUUAUCUCA